AUGGUUGUAGAAGGCGAAUAUUACGAUGGUCCUUGUAAACUUUUAGAGCUACCCCACUAUGUAAUGAGAAUAUUGUUCUCGUAUCUAGAUGCAACUUCUCUUUACCAUUUAAGCGGAACUUGCAACUACUUGAAAGAGUUUAUUCUCGAUCCAACAUUUUGGAAACGAAUCGAUGCCAGGGAAGAUCCGAACACUUGUGAUAAAAUAGAAUACUGCACAAGUAGAAUACAUUCGAGAACAACUCAUUUAUUUUUACGAGGAAAUUUAAGUUAUAUAGAUCUACCUUCUAAUUUUUUUAGUUUUAUUAAUCCUUUCGACAAUAUCAAAGUGCUGGCACUGGAAAAUGUUAAACUUAAAGGCGUAAAGGUGACUUUAAGAGAUUUUCCUGCCGGAUUGGAAGAAUUAAGUUUGAAAAGAACUUAUGUGAAAGAUUCCGAUUACUUUUUUCAGCAUUCAGUGAAAAAUAUGCCGAAAUUGAGGGUAUUAAUCCUGGACGAAUGUUCUUGGGUAACUUGCAGCUUUUUACUGUCGAUUUGUAAAUACGAAUAUUUGGAAAUUAUUUCAAUUGUUAAAUGUUUAAGAGUCCACUUGAACACGAUACCUUACCUGAACGUGGCCAAGCUCGGCUGCAAAAAACUGAAAAUUUUCGAUUGCAGAUUUACUGGUAUUGGAGGAGAAUUGCUCCGAACGUUUUAUUCUAAAGAAAAUAUACAAAGAUUAUAUUUUCAAAGUUUCAAGUCCUCGGAAGUGGAUUAUCAAGAAAAAAUCGUCAAUCAAUGGGAUAGCACGAAAAAAAGACAAUCUGUGGAUCCUUCGUACACCGAUAUGAGCAUUUCUGAUAGACAUCUCAUCGAGUUCAUUUCCACGACGGCUAAGCCCAAAAACGAAGUGGAAAAGAUCAGUUACAGUGUACUGUAUAAAGAUCCUUAUCCGGAAUGUACCUGUGGCAGCAAAGGAGCUAAGGAAGAUGAAUUAUAUAAGUAUACUCCUUUCUCGGAAGAGGACAUAGUACAUAUACCCUCUGGAAGGGACGAGCUAAAAUUCGUAUGCAAUAAACACAUGAAAGAUUUACUUAAUCUACCCAGUCAUUUCAAAGAUUUCUUUCUAUCGCAUCAAAUGAAAUUCAAUCCAGCAAGUCUAGUUUCGGAUACUCACAUGGACUCGGACUCCAACUCGGACGAAGAAGACGGCGACGAUGGUUGUUGUUAUUUCGGCAUGGGAACAAAUCUAAUAGUACCGAGCAUGUACGAUCGGACGCCCUCCGUUAGAGAAGAAAUGAGCCUGCCGGAAGAAGGAGCCAGUGCAAGGAAUCAAUCGUCACCCAACGUUUACAUACUCGAUGCAAACGCUAACAGAAACAACAACCAAGCUGAUGAGAACAGGCACGGCAGAGCGCACACUGAAAGACGAGUUUCUCAGGAUCUUCAUCCUACGAAACGCCGAUACGAAUUAGGCGAAUCUGAUGAGAGCGAUACUGAUGAAGUCGAAGCGAAAAAAUCGAAAACAUCGGAUUUGAAUGGAGUGACAUCGGAAGCGCAAGAAACUCUCGUGAAUCAGCUCUUGGAAAGUGCCGAUGAUGUAAGCGAAAGAAUCGAAAGAAUCAUACGAAGCAACAACAUUAGUAGAGAAGUCCAAGAGAGGAUCUUGAGGUCGGAACCUUCGACGUCUAGGAGCCGAAAUGGCACUUCCUCGAAUCCUUCUCAAUCGAAUUCGAGGAAUGUGAAGGCAAAUAGCUCUCACGGCGCUAACGAAAAAAUAGAUGAACCGUCUUGUUCUCGAAACGACACGUCAAGGGCCAGCAAUGGUCGCAAUAAUGCAUCCAGCAAUAAAGAAGAAUAUGCCGAAUGGAUUCAUGCUGUGAAUAAUAACAUUAAUUCCAGGCAGAAUUUGAGAGCGUACGAAAGAGGCAACGAAAGAGUUGAAUUUCAAAUACUUCAAUUCCAAGAUAUCCCCGAUUCUGUAAAAAAAUGUAAAAUACCGCUGAAAAGGCUCUCGCUGAGGGGCUAUAAAAAAGUAACCGAUUUUACUCUCAACUACAUUAAGAAUUUAGACAUAGAAUUAAUAGAUUUGACUUACACCAGUGUCACUAAAAGGGGUAUUGAGAAUUUUCUAGUUCACAAUCCAAAUUGUAGGGUGAUCCAUCCCUUUUAUUGUAUUUGUAAGCCCAAAAAUCCUCUUUUUUAG